UCUCUGUCUCCUCAUCUUCAUGCAUCUUACUUGAAAUGUUAUUAUUGUUUGGGAUCAUUGGAUUAAAGGUAAUUACUCAUCUAAUCAAUUCACUUCAAGGGUUUUUAUAUUGAACAUCAUUCUAUUUGUUUAAUUAUAAUAAUUAAAUCUAACUGUAUUUUAAUCAUCGUGACAACAAUCAGCCAUUAUGUUCACCUUACAGACAUAAUAACAAUCAAAACUAAUUUUUUUUACAUUCCAAUCAUUAAAAGUAUUCAUAUCAACAAUCCUUAAAUUAUUGUUAUAUUUUGGAUCAAAUGUUAACCAAUGAAAGCUAAUUAAAAUCUCAUUCCAACAAUCAACUAAUCAAUAUGUGUAAUAAUAAUGAUGAAUCAAGUUAUUCAAAGCGAAAGGCUUUGGAGUUAAUUACUAAUAUCUUCAGGAAAAAAUCAAAGGAAAGGUUAAAGAGCUGGAAUGAAAGUGAAAACUAUCCACCAGUUUUAUCAGUUGAUUCUAAUCACGAUGAUGAAGUGAUUAGUAUAAUUGCUCCGGCUGAACCUCGACCAUCAACAUCCCUCCAACAUUCAACUGAUCACCUAUCAGAGUUUGGGAUUCCACCUCAUUCUCCAGUUUCCCCGAGGGUAAAAAACAUAAAUGAAGACAUGGAAGCGUUGACAUUAUCUCGCCAGGACAAUCCUUUUAUUGUUUCCAAAUUGGAGAAAUUAUCUUCAUCCGAAGAAUGGUUAUCAUCAAAUUCAUCGAGUUUAACAAUUCAACAAGAACUAUUAUCACCAUCAUCGUGUUCAUCGUCAACAUUUAACAUGGAAAUUGAAGAGAUAACUUCAGAUGUAUCCAAUGUUCACGAGCAUUUAAUUCGUUCACCUCCUCCCCAAUUCCCAACCAAAUUGGCCCACUUUGUGUUCCCCCUCCCGAACAGCCCAAUUAAGAAUCUAUCGUCACGUUAUGGUUCAUUUCUGAGCCCCGAUCGUCAUUUGAAAAUUGUUUGAGAAAAUAAUUUUAUUAUUAUAAUAUAUUAAUAAUAUAAACCAUUGAAAAUUAUUCCAAUCAUAACAAAUAAUCUGAUUCAUUAAAACUUCUUCAUAUCAACACAAUAAAUUUAAAUCCUUUGGGAAAUGUUAAUGUAACAACUUAAUUGUUUUGAAUCUUGAAUUGUGAUUUACUCGGAUCAUUGGAAACAAUUAGAAAGAUAUUAAAACCAAAAAAGUCCAAAAGUAAAGUUGAUAAUUUAGUUGAGACUAAGUUGAUUGUACAAUUUCAAUAAUCUUUAAUCAUCAAUAACAAUCAAGUGAAAAUUUGUCAGAAUUGAUAAAAUAUUAUAUCUAUUCUGUUACGAGGCUGAUUAAAACCGUUCAAUUGAUUGGAUACAUUAGAAUGUGUAACAAUUAACCCGAUUACAUUUCUUAAUCAUUGUAUUUUACUUCAUUUUCAACAAUAAAUUGAUUGGUUUAAUCAAUCAAUUAGAAGUCAAAAAACAACGAAAAUCUCAAGUACUAAUCAUCUCUCUUAUAAGACAAUUUGAUUUAAUCUAAUCAUAAAUUUUAGUUGAUCUUGAUGGGAAUGAGCCAAAAACAAAAAUCAUUUGCAUAGAAUAAUCAAUUUUGAGCAAUUUAAUCAGCACAAUUAGGAACCCGGAA